AUGUCGCAACCGCAGGGCAGGGCCCGUGGCAGGGCACGAGGCAGGGGCAGGGGAGCAACGGACGAACCUCCGCCGCGCCGACCAGGCACUCAGGCAGCUUACCAAGGACAGCCCGGGAUGCAGACCUCUCAACCAAUGGCAGCUCAGGGUCGGGGUGGCCCACCAAUGACAGGUCAGGGUGGCCCACCAAUGGCAGCUCAGCGUGGCCCACCAAUGGCAGCUCAGCGUGGCCCACCAAUGGGAGUGCAGUAUGCCGUAGGCCAACCAAUGGGAGCACAGUAUGCAGUAGCCCCACCAAUGGGAGCACAGGGUGAUGUGAGGCCACCAAUGGCAGCUCAGGGUGGACCACCAAUGGGAGCACAGUACGCUGUAGGCCAACCAAUGGGAGCACAGCACACUGUAGGCCCACCAAUGGGAGCAGAGGGUGGAGUUGGACAACCAAUGGCAGCUCCCGUUGCAACUGGCAGAGCCCGACAAAGGGGAGGGGCAACAGCAAGAGCACCUGGAGGUAAGAGAUUUGCUACAGAGAAAGUUUAG